AUGUCCGAAGACUUGGUGAAAAUACUCUUGAACGAUAUGAGCGAACUUUACGAAUUAUCCGAAGACUCGGAUACGUUAAUCAUUGUAGGAGAGAUCCCAAACGUAAGAGAGUUCAAGGCUCAUUCUCUAAUAUUGAAAAGCAGAUGUUCUUACUUUCAUGCUGCCCUUUCAAGUACUUGGGCAAAGAAAGAAGGAGGUCAAUUCACGUUCAAAAAGCCAAACAUGAAGCCUGAAGUAUUUGAAAAAAUAUUACGGUACUUGUACACGGCUACUUUAGCAUUGAACGACUAUACGUGCCCUGACCUGAUAGAACUUCUCCUCGCCUCAGACGAACUGGGAAUUGUCUCGUUGAUAAAUUACCUACAAAAUUACAUGUUGACUCAUCACGUAGCUUAUAUUCAACAAAAUUUUAUUCGAUUUUAUCACCUCACUUCUUCCCACCUAUCGUUCAACAAGCUACGUGAAUACUGCCAAAAGAUAAUUUUAAAGAAACCAGAGAUCGCUUUUGAUGCUCACGACUUUACAAAUAUAGAAGAAUCGCUUCUCAUAUCGCUGCUAAAGAGAGAUGAUUUGGAUAUGGAGGAGCCUGACAUAUGGAGUAAAGUCAUUGAUUGGGUCACUACCAAGUAUCCCGAUUUGCCAGAGAAUAUCGCUGAUUGGCCCCAGGCUGACGUUGAAGAAAUUAAGAAGACGUUGAAUGGCAUUAUUCCGUUAAUCAGAUUCGGCGAAUUUCCUCUUCCAACCUUCUUUUACAAAGUCUGCCUAUUUGAUAAAAUAAUACCGCGUGGAUAUUAUAUAGAAUUGCUAGAAAACCAUUUUGUCCACGGACAUAAGCCUCAUAUCAGGCCAUCUCCACCCAGAAUGAGAACGCAAAUAAAGUCGGUUUUAAUUAACAAAAAACAAGCAAACUGGAUUCUCGCUCACAUUCAGGAACUCCUCUCUGAUGAAGCAUUGUCUAACGAUGAUUUGUAUACCAUGACAUUGCUUGGACGUGGAUCGGAAGUGGGAUUCACAGGUACCGCAUUUCACGCCUUGGCUGACAAUAUGGGUCCUACCGUGGUUGUGAUGAAAGUAUCCAAUUCAGAUGAAAUUAUAGGUGGAUAUAAUCCGCUGGCAUGGCAGACAACGACCGACUGGUCGUGGCAUAAAACGUCAAAGAGUUUCCUAUUUUCAUUCAAAGGAAAGACGUUGAAUGAGGCCGCGUAUAGUAAAGUAGUUGAGCCAGAAGAAGCUAUACUUUAUAUCAGUGAUAGGGGACCUAUAUUCGGAAAAGGGAGCGAUUUGAUUGUUGGCAAGCAAGCCAAGGAUUUUAGAGACCCCAACAGUUGCUGUAUUAAACUCGAUAGCUAUCAAUGUGCUAUUAGAGAAAAUGGGUCUUUUGCGAUUGAAGAAUAUGAGGUAUUUAAAGUUAUUGGAAAGGAUCAAAAUGAUACUAGCGAUUCAACUGUAACGAAAGAACAAGCUCAAUGA